GCAGCGAGAUCCCAGCUGCAAAAAAAUCACCGAGAGAAACGGAGCGCAAGAGACUGAGAGAGAAACGGAGCGCAAGAGACUGAGAGAGAAACGGAGCGCAAGAGACUGAGAGAGAAACGGAGCGCAAGAGACUGAGAGAGAAACGGAGCGCAAGAGACUGAGAGAGAAACGGAGCGCAAGAGACUGAGAGAGAAACGGAGCGCAAGAGACUGAGAGAGAAACGGAGCGCAAGAGACUGAGAGAGAAACGGAGCGCAAGAGACUGAGAGAGAAACGGAGCGCAAGAGACUGAGAGAGAAACGGAGCGCAAGAGACUGAGAGAGAAACGGAGCGCAAGAGACUGAGAGAGAAACGGAGCGCAAGAGACUGAGAGAGAAACGGAGCGCAAGAGACUGAGAGAGAAACGGAGCGCAAGAGACUGAGAGAGAAACGAAGCGCAAGAGACUGAGAGAGGAACGGAGCGCAAGAGACUGAGAGAGAAACGGAGCGCAAGAGACUGAGAGAGAAACGGAGCGCAAGAGACUGAGAGAGAAACGGAGCGCAAGAGACUGAGAGAGAAACGCGCACGCCUCGCCAGAGCGCCCCGCACAGACUGCGCGCCUGCCUUGCGUACUGCUUUCUCAUCAAUUCACUGUUGCGGUUUGAAAGAGCCAUGUCUGCCGAGCUGCAAGAAACCGUGCCAGCCGCGGCAGCCGAAGAGGCUCCGGCUGCGCCAGAGAAGAAGGCAGUGUCCAGGGCAGCGGGGGCGGGCAAGAAACCCAAGUCCAAGCCCGCAUCGUCCGCUUCUUCUCCGGCCAAGAAAAAGAAAUCCGGCAAGAAGAAGACCCAGCCGGGCAAGUACAGCGUCCUGGUGGUGGAGGCGCUGAGAAAACUGGGAGAGAGGAGCUCAUCCCUGGCGAAGAUCUACAACGAGGCCAAAAAGACGCCCUGGUUCGACCAGCAGAACGGGAGAACCUACCUGAAAUACUCCAUCAAGGCGCUGGUGCAGAACGACUCCCUGAUCCAGGUGAAGGGCACCGGGGCGAACGGCUCCUUCAGGCUGAACAAGAAGAAGCUCGACGCGCUGAAUAAGAAGGGGUCCAGCGGCGCGCCGUCCAAGACAGCCGCGGCGGCCAAGAAGCAGCCAGCGGCGGCCAAGAAGCAGCAGCCAGCCGAGAAGAAAGGCAAAGCGAAGAAGACUCCGCUCAAGAAGGACAAGAAGCCCAAAGCCAGCCCGGCGGGAGCAAAGAAGAAGGCGGCCAAAGCUGGCGCCUCCUCCGCCGUCGCCAAGCCCAAGAAAGCCAAGGCGAGCAGCGGCAGCGCAGCCAAGAAAGUGAAGAAGGCGAAGAAAUCUGCGAAGCCCAGCGUCCCGAAAGUACCCAAGGCGAAGAAAGCGUGAGGAAACGACGAACACCCACGAAAAAGAGACUGCGCGAAGCUGGAGAGCCGCUUUUAUUUUUGUAAAACCUUUAUUUUGUUAUGUUGUAUAAAUAAUAAUAAUAAUAAUAAUAAUAAUAAUAAUAACAAUAAUAGUAAUAAUAAUGGACACGUUGAAAUGCGCCUGGCGCUUAUUUUAAUUCUUUGCAUUUAAUGCCGUGUAUUUUUCUUUUCUUUAUUACAAAAUACAACGCUGCGUGUUGAGGGUGUUUUUUGUUCUUGUUUAUUAGAUGUGCCAUUAAGUCACGUUUAUAUUGUGAAAGAAGUAAUCUGAUGAACGUGUAAUUGAAAAAAUGUAUAUUAAUAAUAAUAAUGACGAUUCUGUCUAUUGAACCCAAUUGUAUUCAUUCUUCAUCGCAAGAUCAGCGUUGUUGUUGAUAUUCCCCAUGUUUUUGGAUGACUGCUUUUCGCUGUUAGUAUUGGUGAUGGUGUUUUUGCAGACGGGUAAUCUGUAUAUGCAGGUUUUGAAAGCGCCCGAAACGCCCUUAUUUGGGGGUCCUGUGGGUUGGUUUUUGUGGUAUUAUUUUAAACGGGGGAGGCACCGCCCCCCUGCCGUUUUAUUGGCAGAACAGCGCGGCUCAGCCAAUAGCGCGGCGUUCAGCUUGUUCCUGAUACAGAUACAGUUUACCUGUGACCAAGGUACUGCAGUCUCAUCGCUCUGCA